AUGGAAAGUAAGUCAAAAUCUAGGUUGAUCCAGGUAGAGACCGAGAAAAGUGAGGAAGAAAUCUGCAACGACAUCGUUGGAUACAGGUUCCACCCAACUGAUAAAGAACUCAUCGAUCAUUACCUAUGUAAUAAGGCACUCGAUCGUGAUUCUGCUGUCCAAGCUAUCGGUGAAGUCGUCGGCGACCUCAGCGACUGGGAGCCUGGAGAAUUACCCGGGUUUUCAGCAAGAAGAUCUAAUGAUCGGAUUUGGUAUCUAUUUUCUCGAAGAAACCAUUGUAAACGGGUCAAGAGGACAACCAAGCUUGGCUACUGGAAAUUAACAGGUAAACAUAGGAGUAUAAAAGCUAAGGCUGGAAUUGGUACCAAGAAGGCUUUGGUUUUCUAUGAGGGUCGCUAUCCUCAAGGAAAACGGACCGCUUGGGUCAUCCAUGAAUACACUUUGCCUCAUACUCUCCCUAACCAGAAAGGGUAUUUUCUUUGUAAAUUGAAGAAAAAAGAUGAUGAAAAGGCUGGCAUUUCAAGUGGUGAAGAAGGCCAGCCAAGUAAUGCUGCAGAAGAUGAACCUUUUGACAAUCCAUCGGUCAUUGAUGUUGAAGAGUUACUGGCACUGAUAAAUGACUCCGUUGAAGUUGAACAUGAGGAUGAUUCUGUGCAGAAAUCACAGAUGUACGAUGAGCAUGUGACGGUGCCUUCCAUUAAUGCUGCUUAUGGUAGUGAUGAUUUUGAUGGAGUUCACAAUCAAACUAGCACCAAUGAACAGAAUGAUCAGACAUAUGUUGCAUCUUCUUCAUUGCAAUCCCGUGUGUAUGAGGAAAGUGUGCUUUCUCAUGACGAUUUCUCAUUGUUUCGUGACUCUAAUGGGUAUGUCCAUGAGAUUCAACAUCAAUCUAGCACCAAUGAACAAGAUAGUGAGAUUCAAUGUCAACCUAACACCGCUGAACAAGAAAUGAGAUUAAACAUCAACCUGGCAUUGAUGAAUGAUAUGAUUUCUUUAAUUCCAUUUUAGUGGAUGUUGAUGAACUUUUUUGUUUGUGUGAGAAAGAUGACUUUCGCCGUGGCUGAAACAUGUAAGUUCAAUAGGAUUGUGCCCUCAGACUACUUCAAAAAGAAAAUGCAAAGUUGUAAUAAUACAGAGAGACAAUAUAUAUAUACAUAUAUAUGUGUA